CGCAGCCCUGUGUAGCGCUGUGGGCGGGCCGGUCCCGUGGCGCCGGCGUCCCCGGGUAGGCGGGACUGGGCGCUUGGUGGCCGCGCCGGCGCUCUUCGCCGGGUGUGACGUACUAAUUGUGCGCCGCCACUGCCGGUGGGCCCGGGGCUCGCGGGAGGGGAAGGAGGAGGAGGGGGGGAGAGUGGCGGCGGCGGUGGCGCUGGUGGUGGCGGUGGUGCUGGUGGUGGCGGUGGCGGUGGCGGAGGUGGAGGUGGAAGCUGAAGCCAGAGGCGGCGCGGUGGGGUGUUCGGCGGCGCGGCACGCGGCCCAGAAGCGUUGGAAUCCUGAAUUGAGACGGCUGCGCCUGAAGACAGCAGGAGUGGCGGGGCCGCCGCCGUCGCCGGAGAGAUGAGCCGGGAAGCUUGAGGCCGGAGACGCCCGCCCUCGGGCCCGUCUGCCCGGCUUUCCCGCUCGCGGGUACUGGAAGAUGAAAGAGACUAUACAAGGGACCGGGUCCUGGGGGCCUGAGCCUCCUGGACCCUGCAUACCCCCAGCUUACUCAAGUCCCAGGCGGGAGCGUCUUCGUUGGCCCCCACCUCCCAAACCCCGACUCAAGUCAGGUGGAGGGUUUGGGCCAGAUCCUGGGUCAGGGACCACAGUGCCAGCCAGACGCCUCCCGGUACCCCGACCCUCUUUUGAUGCCUCAGCAAGUGAAGAGGAGGAAGAAGAGGAGGAGGAGGAUGAAGAUGAAGAGGAGGAAGUGGCAGCUUGGAGGCUGCCCCCCAGAUGGAGUCAGCUGGGAACCUCCCAGCGGCCCCGCCCUUCCCGCCCCACUCAUCGAAAAACCUGCUCACAGCGCCGCCGUCGAGCCAUGAGAGCCUUCCGGAUGCUGCUCUACUCAAAAAGCACCUCGCUGACAUUCCACUGGAAGCUUUGGGGGCGCCACCGGGGCCGGCGGCGGGGCCUUGCACACCCCAAGAACCAUCUUUCACCCCAGGAAGGGGGUGCGACGCCACAGGUGCCAUCCCCCUGUUGUCGUUUUGACUCUCCCCGGGGGCCACCUCCACCCCGGCUGGGUCUGCUAGGUGCUCUCAUGGCUGAGGAUGGGGUGAGAGGGUCUCCACCAGUGCCCUCUGGGGCCCCCAUGGAGGAAGAUGGACUCAGGUGGACUCCAAAGUCUCCUCUGGACCCUGACUCGGGCCUCCUUUCAUGUACUCUGCCCAACGGUUUUGGGGGACCAUCUGGGCCAGAAGGGGAGCGCAGCUUGGCACCCCCUGAUGCCAGCAUCCUCAUCAGCAAUGUGUGCAGCAUCGGGGACCAUGUGGCCCAGGAGCUUUUUCAGGGCUCAGAUUUGGGCAUGGCAGAAGAGGCAGAGAGGCCUGGGGAGAAAGCCGGCCAGCACAGCCCCCUGCGAGAGGAGCAUGUGACCUGCGUACAGAGCAUCUUGGACGAAUUCCUUCAAACGUAUGGCAGCCUCAUACCCCUCAGCACUGAUGAGGUAGUGGAGAAAUUGGAGGACAUUUUCCAGCAGGAGUUUUCCACGCCUUCCAGGAAGGGCCUGGUGUUGCAGCUGAUCCAGUCAUACCAGCGGAUGCCAGGCAAUGCCAUGGUGAGGGGCUUCCGAGUGGCCUAUAAGCGGCAUGUGCUGACCAUGGAUGACUUGGGGACCUUGUAUGGACAGAACUGGCUCAAUGACCAGGUGAGAAAGGGUAGAGAAACAGGCCUGAGAGGGGAUUCAGGGAGCAGGGUGUCUGGGGCCCUCUGCAUGGGGGAGCCCUGUACCCAUGCCGCACCCUCCAUGGCAAGCUGCCUCCCAUCUUCUCCCCAGGUGAUGAACAUGUAUGGAGACCUGGUCAUGGACACAGUCCCUGAAAAGGUAGGCCCAACCAGAUAGGUCAGUACCCAGAAGAACUUCUGCAGUUUUAAGCAGCUUUUUAAGCUCCUUUCAUCCUUUUCAUUUUACAUAGAGAGGGUCUCUGUUUCAGGGAGAGAGGUGGUAGUGGUAAUGUAUUAAUUUCAAAUCUGUAAUCUUGGCCGUGGAUUUAUCAGUUGUUUUCCUUUCUGCCAGUAUUUAGUUUUUUUCCCUAUGGCCAGCCCCAAGAAUCGAGAUGGGAUCCUAUUGUAAAACAAGGUUUAAAAAAAAACAAAAAAGGCCGCCAGGCAUGGUGGCUGGUGCCUGUAAUCCCAGCACUUUCGGAGGCUAAGGUGGGCAGAUCACCUGAGGUUAGGAGUUUAAGACCAGA